CCUCAAAAGAACCCACAUCACCCACUCAUCUCCUUUCCUCCGCCAUCGUCCCCGCGCCACCAUGGCCACGGCGACACCGCAGAAAUGCUGCCUUCCCGCCCCCUCGCGGCCUCCUCCCAUCUCCGCUCCCCUCCGCUUUCGCUACCUCACCAUAGGAGCCUCCUCCUUCCACUUUCGGGGGCGCCGCACGGCAACGGCAAGGAGAGGAAGAACUGCCUUUGUCUUGUCCCCAAGGUGUACGUUGGAGACGGCUGGCCCAGCCUUUGAUCCUCUGGGGCUCUACAAGGAGGACUCUUCCAGCUCUGAUUAUCAGUCUCCCUUGUCGACAUUCUUCGGCAUCCUGUCUCCCGUGUUCGGGAGCUCCAGUGGCUCCAGGAAGGAGAAGUCAUCCUAUGGCCGAGGAGCAGCAGCUGCGAUGGAGGAUAGUACUAUUGACAUUGGUGACUUCUUCAAGGGCCCUCUACCUGGGAAGUUUCUGAAGCUCCUUGGUUUUUUGGCCUUGUCUCGACUUGGUGUGUAUAUACCUUUGGGUGGAGUGAACCGGGAAGCUUUUGCUGGUAAUCUUGACCAGAACAGUCUGCUGGGCACUUUAGAUUCUUUUUCUGGUGGAGGCAUUGGCCGGCUUGGAAUAUGCUCCCUUGGCAUUGUUCCAUUUAUCAAUGCACAGAUUGUGUUUCAGCUUCUUGCUCAGCUUUAUCCAAAAUUGCAAGAUCUUCAGAAAAAAGAAGGGGAGGCAGGUAGAAAGAAGAUCCUUCAGUACACAAGAUAUGCAUCUGUUGGUUUUGCAAUUGUCCAGGCUAUUGGACAAGUUCUUUUUCUCCGUCCUUAUGUUAAUGACUUCAGCACAGAAUGGGUACUAACAUCUGUGACACUAUUGACACUGGGAUCGGUGUUUACAACUUUCCUUGGUGAAACAAUAUCUGAGUUGAAACUCGGGAAUGGAACGUCUCUUCUUAUAUUUACAAGUAUAAUAUCGUAUUUGCCUGCAUCAUUCGGAAGGACAGUCGCGGAGGGAUUUCAAGCGGGGAAUUAUGUUGGACUUCUCACAAUCAUAUUAUCAUUCUUUUUUUUAGUUCUUGGGAUUGUCUAUGUCCAGGAAGCUGAGAGAAAAAUACCAUUGAACUAUGCUUCUCGAUACAGCAGCCGAGCUGGAGGGCCCCAACGUUCUGCAUAUCUACCUUUCAAGGUCAAUAGUUCCGGUGUCAUGCCUAUCAUAUUUUCUACAUCUUCAUUGGCUUUACCUGCUACUUUGGCACGGUUCACUGGUUUAGAAAUUCUUAAAAAAGCUGCGAUAGCCCUAACUCCAGGAGGUUCUUUCUAUCUUCCAACUAAUGUGAUGCUUAUAGCCUUUUUCAAUUACUACUACACUUUUCUUCAAUUGGAUCCUGAUGAUCUUAGUGAGCAAUUGAAGCGGCAAGGUGCUUCAAUACCGCUUGUGCGGCCAGGAAAAAAUACAGCUGCCUUUAUUAAAACAGUUCUUAGUCGUAUCUCUGUCCUAGGAUCUGCCUUUCUGGCUGUACUAGCUGCUGGACCAUCUGUGGUCGAACAAAUCUCUCACUUGACAGCAUUUCGGGGAUUCGCUGGUACAUCAGUGCUUAUCCUUGUUGGAUGUGCAACCGACACUGCUCGGAAAGUUCAGGCAGAAAUAAUUUCUCAGAAAUAUAAGAACAUCGAGUUCUAUGAUGUCAAAAGUUCUGACCAAUAAUCGAUCUCACUGAUCAUUCUUGAACGUGUACUUCAAUGUUAUCUCGUAUAAAUGAUUGUUGUAUCUUUUGGUAGCAUUUCAUUUUAUUUGUUGUCCUUUUCUUCUUCUGUGUAUACCACUUAGAUCUCUUCUAGAGGAUCAGGGUUCGGAAAGCAUGCAUCAAUAUGUAAAAAGAUGCUCAAAUGUUUAAUCAAUGGAAGCUACAUCUCAUGGAUAUUUCUGUUGUGGAGUGA